AUGAGCUGCCGACUGGAUAUUAUUACAGUUGCUAUUCUUCUUGUUGGUCGCUUGGGUGACAUAUUUGGUCGUAGAUACUUCCUCAUCGGUGGACAGCUCUUCAACAACGCGCGCCCGAAUGUGAAUGCAGGCGUCUUCGUUACUAUAUUUCCUUUUGCCGCAUUUGGGGUAGCCAUUGCCCGGCUGUUUAUUACUAAUACACAACAGUCAUGGCGUUGGAACUACUACUUGGACAUCAUCAGUUGUGGUCUUUCAGUCAUUCUGCUAGUGCUGUUUUACUUCCCUCCUGGAUGGGAUCUAAAGCAUGAGGGCGUGGUCCGGACGGUCGAAGUGAAGAGAUUCGAUUAUACCGGAUCCAUCUUGUACACUACUGGGUUGAUUCUGCUUCUGCUUGGACUUUGUGAGUCUCCAUGGUAUAGUGAGUUCAAUGCAGCAGACACUGAGAUAUUUUUUCUAAGCCUGGGGUGGUACCACCUACCAAUGGCAGUCUAUACAUGGAAUCGCUACGCUCGUCAUUGGGUUCAUUUUACUAACUUUUUGAUGAAGGUUAUCGGGCACACAAAGUAUCAGCUCAUCAUCUCAACAUUCAACGCAAUUGGUGGCUUUGCCGUCGGCUAUCUUGAAAUAAUCACAAUAAUCAUGUGCUCUCUCUACUGUAAGCCCGAGGACAUUGGCCUCGCCAGUGGUUUUCUCGGGUCUGCAAAACAGAUUGCCGGAACAAUUGCAACUAUCCUGAUACUUCAGCCAGCUGCCAUCUAUAUUGCCAUUCUCAACAACCAAAUCGCCGCCAAUCUUCCUAGAGAUGUCUCUGCAGCAGCACUAGACGCCGGCCUUCCCGAAUCCUCUCUCACAGAUCUCGUGGAGGCUGCCUCGGCUGGAAACGACUCCACCAUGGAAGCCGUCCCCGGUAUCACAAAUGAUAUCAUUGCUGCUGUCUCCGACGUUAUAAAAACCGCAUAUUCGCAGUCAGUUAGUACCAUUUCUCUGGCUAGUAUUGCGUUUGGUGGCGCAUCUUUCAUCACGGCGCUGUUUUCUGUCUCUGUGGAUGACAAGCUUGAUGACAUUGUUGCGGCUAAGCUCUCGCAUACUGGAGAUAGUACCCAGGCCAUUAUUGACAGUGAAAAGGGCUAA